AUGAAAAAAUCUGUUAAGCCCUCGAAUAAGACUCAGGCCAAUUCCACAACACAAUUGAAGGCUCCUGUACCGCAAGGAUUUGAAUCAAAUACACUCUCUGCUCAUGUAGACACUGGUGCUGCCAGCCACAACUGUACUGUACUUCUUGCCACUGCAUUGGUAAAAAUUUCUACCUCGAAUGGUCAUAAUAUUAUUGUCCGAGCUGUGCUUGAUAGUGCAUCACAAACGAGUAUAAUAUCUGAACACUGUGCCAGUAUGAUUCACAUUCAGCGUUCGUCUGUUGGCGUUCACGAGAUAAAGGGCAUUGCCUCAGCUCGAAUAAAGCCUAAGGGACUUUCCUUUGUAAAUAUUUCUUCGCUUAACGGGAAAACACUUGCUACGGCACAUCCUGUCCUCAUACUUGAUAGAAUUACCAAUGAUAUGCCUAGUGUCAAGAUAUCUUCUGAAAUAAAGGCUCAAAUCAAAGAAUACGCACUUGCCGAUCCCAACUUCGACACUCCUGGACAUUUGCUCAUCGGUGCGGAUCUGUUUGCUCAAACUAUUAUUGGAUCUGCCACCAGUCUUGGUGAUCGUAUGCCAUACACUAUAAACACUAUUUUUGGAUAUGUUGUCCUUGGGAACGUGCCUACUUCACAAGACGGCCAAACCUUCAGUGGAUUGACGACUUUACUUUCCAUCAAUGAUCUUACACUUCAUGAAACACUUCAGCGAUUUUGGGCAUUGGAAGAACCACCUGCUUGUUCUAAGCUAUCCCCAGAGGAAAUGGAAUACGAUGCGCUACUAGGCAGCGAUACUGUUGAAGAAGCUGCAAAAUUACAGCAAGAUGUAAUAAACCUUUUACGAAAAGGAGGCUUUGAACUUCGCAAAUGGGCGUCUAACAAUAGCCAAAUAUUGGAAAAUUUACCCCCUCAACACUGCUUAUCAACUGACUCACCUUGUGUUAGUAUUCUUGGACUGAAGUGGAAUCCACACUCAGACACAUUCUCAUAUGCAAUUUCUGAAGCUCCAUUGAUUUUUACCAAAAGAGCAAUUUUGUCUUCCAUCGCUAAGAUUUAUGAUGUAACAGGCAUGCUUACCCCUGUUAUUUUUUGGGCUAAGGCUCUCAUGCAGCAUAUAUGGUCACUAGGCCUAGAUUGGGAUAAUACUCUUCCUAGUGAUAUUAUCGACAGAUGGUCAACUUUUGUCAACGAACUUCCUGAGAUUGAAAAUUUGGAGAUUGGCAGGUACAUAUCUCUGAGUGAUGCGGUUAAUAUUCAGUUGCAUGGAUUUUCAGAUGCAAGUGAACUCGGUUUUGCUGGAUGUGUUUAUCUACGAACUGAGAACCCGCAAGGCAGUAUAUAUGUCAACUUAUUAAUAGCCAAGUCACGUGUGGCACCCCUGAAACGUAUCACGAUUCCUCGCCUUGAACUGUGCGGAGCACAUAUUUUAGCCAAACUGUUACACUACUGUGUUGAUCAACUCUCAGAUCGCUACAAGAUAGAUUCUGUUACCGCUUGGAGUGACUCCACUGUGGCUCUUUCAUGGAUUCACACCCCUUCUCAUCGUUUGAAGUUAUAUGUUGCAAAUCGUGUUGCACAGGUUCAAGAAUUGACCCCUUCCUGCAUAUGGAAACACAUUUCUACUCUUGAAAACCCCGCUGAUGUUGCCUCUAGAGGAUUAACCCCAUCUCUUCUUAUUCAUAACAAGCUCUGGUGGUCUGGACCCACAUGGCUUAAGAGUUCAUCUGAUUCAUGGCCUCAACCAUCGAGUCAUCUUCCCGAAGAGGAACUCCCAGAAAUUAAAACCACAACACUAAAUCUUCUUACGAUAGCUGAAGAUCAAGAUCUGAAGUUUAUCAAUAAAUUCUCUUCAUGGACUAAACUACUUCAUGUCAUGGGCUACGUUUUACGUUUUAUUUCCUGCUUGAAAACUAAGCAAAGGAUUACUCAUUCUCUCACACUUGAAGAGUUAGAAGUAUCGAACAAACGGAUUUGUUGGCUUGUUCAAAGAGAGAGUUUCUCUGAGGAUAUUAAUUCCCUGUCAAAGAAGAAUGUGUGUUCUUCUCGCAUUCAACGCCUUUCACCGUUUAUGGAUGAUGAAGGUUUGUUAAGAGUUGGAGGACGACUGAAACAUUCUGAGUUGCCGUACAGCGCCAAGCAUCAAAUUAUCUUACCAAAGGAUCAUUUUGUUGUAAAUUUGAUAAUUGAUUAUCAUCAUCGCAUCUUUCUUCACUGUGGACCAACACAACUCCAAGCUGUUCUUCGUGAGAAAUAUUGGAUACUUUCUGCUCGUAGUAUCAUACGCUCCAGGAUUUUUAAACGCCUGAGAUGUUUCAGAAUGAAACCUAAGCCAAACACACCAUUGAUGGGAGACUUACCUUCCCCAAGAGUGGUAGCAACCCGACCUUUUAAUGUUACUGGAGUCGACUAUGCCGGACCAUUUACAGUGAAAUUGUAUGUCCUAAAAAGGCUUCAGCCUAUUAAAGUUUAUCUUUGUCUAUUUGUCUGCUUUGCAACGAAAGCCGUACACUUAGAAGUUGUGUCGGAUUUGUCCUCAGAAGCUUAUAUAGCAGCUCUUACACGUUUUAUUUCCAGACGUGGUUCAGUGAAGGAAAUUCAUAGUGAUUGUGGAACCAACUUUGUCGGAGCAGCUGCUGCACUUCACAAAUGUUUUAACAACCUCCUUUGCAAUCCAGUAACUCACCGUUUUGCUGAAGAAAACAACAUUUCUUUCAAAUUUCUGCCUCCACACGCGCCUCAUCAAGGUGGCUUGUGGGAACGAGCUGUUAGGAGUUUUAAGCAUCACCUUCAUAGAGUAAUCGGUGGCCAAAUCCUGACUUAUGAAGAAUUCAUAACUCUCGUGUCACGUGUCGAAGCAAUAUUAAAUUCAAGACCGCUUACCCCUCUCUCUGGAGAUCCGAAUGACUUAGAGUCUCUAACCCCAGGACACUUUUUAACUGGUGGACCUCGGAAAUCCAUGGUUGAACCUCAAUAUGAUGAAACUUCUUGUAACCGCUUGAGGAGAUGGCAAUUAGUUCAGGCAUUCUCUCAACACAUCUGGACUCGAUGGUCCCAAGAGUAUCUGCAUACUCUACAGCAUCACUCUAAGUGGACGAGUAAAACAGAGAACCUCAAGAUUGGUGACCUUGUUGUUAUUCAUGAGCCUAACACUCCUCCCCUACAAUGGAAACUUGCAAGAAUCACCGCAGUAUCUCCAGGAGCAGACGGAAUUGUACGAGUGGUCCAUCUACGCACCGCUACAGGGAACUUCAGUCGGCCAACCGUCAAAGUUUCCCUUCUUCCUACCAAUUAA